AUGUCAAAUACAAUAAAUGACAGUAUGUUGCGUGCUACGUCAAAUAAUAGGAUGGCAGCUUGUCAAAGAGACAAACGGAAGUCAGAAGUUUUGAUUGCUGCGCAAUCCCUUGAUAAUGAAAUUCGAAGCGUAAAGAACUUGAAAAGGCUCUCCAUUGGGUCAAUGGAUCUACUAAUUGACCCGGAAUUAGACAUAAAAUUCUGUGGAGAGUCUAAUGGGAGACGGUCAUGGUCUGGCACGACUUCCAAGCCCACUUCAGCACCAAAUGGUACAACAGGCAUGAAUAAUACUCGAUAUAGCGAUCCAACUCCGCUAGAAAAUUUGCAUGAGCGACGUAGCUCAGGAAUAGAAACCUGUGCUAAAAAUAAACAAGGCAGCUCUACAGGUCAUAAAAGAGGAGUCCACUCGCCGUCAAGGAAACUAACUGCUAAUGCAUUGAAAAAGAACUUAUUAUGGGUUCCCGCUAAUCAACAUCCUAACGUCAAGCCCGAUAAUUACCUAGAACUUGUUCAGGACACUUUGCAAAAUAUACGACUAGGUGACAAUGAUGAUAAUGAUGAUGAAAAUGACAAAAAUGAAAAUAAUAGGGUGACUGAAGAAACAGAAUCACAUGGCAAUAAAGAGAAUAUGAAUACCGUUGAUUUGAACCGGGGCAUGUUAAGACAUGGAAACGCGUCACUAAUACGAAGACCUUCAACGUUGCGAAGAUCAUAUACUGAAUUCGAUGACAUUGAAGAUGACAAUGGUCAGAGAAAUGAAGCCUCCAAAACUGUAAAUAGAGUCGAAGAAAGAACUUCCAGAAUAAAAGAGAGACCAGUGUCGCUGAGAGACAUAACGGAAGAAUUGACAAAAAUCUCAAAUAGUGCUGGUCUAACAAAUAACGAUACUAUAACGUUAGCCAGGACACUUAGUAUGGCUGGUUCAUAUUCAGAUGGAGGAAACGAAGCCGGACCUAAAGACCUCAAGGACGACUAUGAAGGUGAGAGUAUUGGAGUUGCGAGUUCUCAGAGAAAGGCUUCGGACGAUGGCGAAUAUGCCUCUAAUAUGCCCACUAACAAUGAUAUGACCGGGCCUGAACGAUCAUCAUUGAAAAGAAGUCGAUUCAAUACGUAUAGAAUUAGGUCACAAGAGCAAGAAAAGGAGGAAGAACAGAAUGUUGAAGAAACUAAAAACGAGGAAGCGGGACGUUUGCAUUUGACUGAUAAAACUUUAAAAACAGAGAUAGAAUCGCCUAAAUCACCUUUUGGACAAGAAGAUGAUGAAUCCGAAUAUGCGAGUUCACCUGGAUCUGUCGGUGAUUUUCAAGACAUAUACGAUCACUACAGACAGUUUAGUGGCGACUGGGAACAGGAAGAGGGAAUAGAAAAAGAGGAAGAACCAACGGCUGCCAUGCUUCCGGACGACACAGUAGAACAGCAGUUGGAACUGGGAGAAGAAUCGGCAGGUAUGAACAAAUCAACAGACGAUAGCAAGGAGACAAAACGCCAUCGUCGAAGAAACGGAUGGACAUGGUUAAACAGCAAGAUGAAUAAGGAGAAUGACAAUGAAGAAAACCAAGGGGACGAUGAAAAUGAAGAAAGCGUGGAGUCUCAAAAAAUGGAACGCGAAAAUUCCAAAAAGCAUCAUAUUUCACUAUUCAAUGGCGGUGAGAAAAAUGAGCCAUCGAGCAAAGACGAAGUGAACAGUGCCAACGUACCCACAACUACAUCACAAACAAGACAGAAAAUCGAGAAAACUUUUGCGAAUCUAUUUAGGAGGAAACCGCAUCACAAACAUGAAGAAUCAUUAUCGCCAUCAACAUCACCACCAGUGCCAAAUAAUGAUGCUGUGCGUGUUCCCGAAAGGAAACUCAAGAAUCUUGAUGAAAAAAAUGAAAGGGAACCCAUCGAACCUAUUGUAUUGCAUAGUCGCGCCCGUCGCCAUCGCCAUCGCCACAACCGUCACGGCUCCCGAGAAAUAAGCGUGGAAGCCUUCAACGACAAGCAAUCGCAUUCUCAAUUACAGCCACAACCGCAGCAGAAGCCAUUGCAGUUGCAGUUGCAAUUGCAAGUGGAAGGCGAAGUCAGCGGAAUAGAAGUGGGAAAGGAAGUAGAAAGCGAUUCCGAGGGCUUACUCCAACUACAGCCUGCCGUUAACGUCAGUAGUACUAAAAGCAACCGAAGAGACACCGAGGAAGCCGAAACCAGGAAACAAAACAAAAAGAAGAGAGGCGAUACGAUAGACCUUCCGAACGAAAGACUCACCAAAGAUGUCCAGAAGGAGAAGGCCCAUGAGCGAAAAGCUCAAGUCCAAACCGAAGCCCCGGUCCAGGUUCAGGCUCCAGUGGCCCCUCCUUUGAGACACACAUCCGUAUUGCCACCACGAAAGCUCACCUUCGCAGAUGUCAAGAAACCCGAAAAACCAAAUGCUCCGGUCCAGUUUAGCGAUAGUGCAUUCGGAUUUCCGCUGCCUUUGCUGACGGUGUCCACGGUCAUUAUGUUUGAUCACCGUCUGCCCAUCAACGUGGAAAGAGCCAUAUACCGAUUGAGUCAUUUGAAACUAAGCAAUUCGAAGAGAGGUCUGCGGGAGCAGGUGUUGCUGAGUAACUUCAUGUACGCCUACUUGAACUUGGUCAACCAUACUCUGUACAUGGAACAGGCGGCUCAAGACAAAGAACAGCAACAGCAUCGAGAGGGCUUUAGCGCGCAGCAUACAUAG